GGGGCGGUGGCGGCGGCGGCCAAGGCCGAGGCCGAAGCGGCGGAGGCUGUGGGUGAAGGCGGCGGCGCCUCAACCGGGGACGGUGCUCAGCUGGGCCCGUUUUCAGGCUCCAUGGAGGCGGCGGCGGGCGGGGGCUGCGGCUCUGGACCGCCGCUGCUGCUGAGCGAGGGCGAGCAGCAGUGCUACUCUGAGCUCUUCGCGCGCUGCGCCGGCGCCGCAGGCGGGGGCCCCGGGCCCGGGCCCCCUGAGGCCGCCAGGGCCGCCCCCGGCGCGGCCACCGCAGCCUCGGGCCCCGUGGCCGACCUGUUCCGGGCGUCGCAGCUGCCCGGCGAGACGCUGCACCAGAUCACAGAACUGUGUGGUGCCAAGCGGGUUGGUUAUUUUGGUCCAACCCAGUUUUAUGUUGCCCUGAAAUUAAUUGCUGCAGCACAGUCUGGCCUCCCUGUGCGGAUAGAGAGUAUUAAAUGUGAACUGCCGCUGCCUCGCUUUAUGAUGUCAAAGACCGAUGCUGAGAUCCGGUUUGGGAACACGGGUGAGCUGCACGGAACUAAAGUUCAGGUUCCAUAUUUAAUCACAGAGAAAAAUACCUUCAAAAGAAUGGAUGAUGAGGAUAAACAGCAGGAAACGCAGUCUCCCACGAUGUCACCCCUCGCCUCCCCUCCUUCUUCCCCGCCUCAUUACCAGAGGGUGCCCUUGAGCCAUGGCUACAGCAAACUGCGGAGCAGCACGGAGCAGAUGCAUCCAGCUCCUUAUGAAGCUAGACAGCCCCUUGUCCAGCCCGAGGGACCCUCACUGGGGGGCCCAGGAGCCAAACCCCCUCGACAUCAGGCUUCCCUUAUCCGGUCCUUUUCAGUGGAGAGAGAACUGCAGGAUAACAACAGUAGUUACCCAGAUGAACCCUGGAGGAUAACAGAAGAGCAGCGCGAGUACUAUGUCAACCAGUUCCGGUCCCUUCAGCCUGACCCAAGUUCCUUCAUUUCAGGUUCUGUGGCCAAGAACUUCUUCACGAAAUCAAAGCUUUCCAUUCCAGAGCUCUCCUACAUAUGGGAACUAAGUGAUGCCGACUGCGAUGGAGCCCUGACCCUGCCGGAGUUCUGUGCUGCAUUUCAUCUCAUUGUGGCCCGGAAGAACGGCUACCCACUGCCCGAGGGCCUGCCUCCAACUCUGCAGCCAGAGUACCUGCAAGCAGCCUUUCCUAAGCCCAAGUGGGAGUGUCCGUUAUUUGAUUCUUAUUCUGAGUCAAUGCCAGCAAACCAACAGCCCCAUGACUUGAAUCGGAUGGAGAAGCUAUCUAUUAAAGACAUGGCCGACUUUCCUGUCCCUAUCCAGGAUGUGACUGGUGAUGACAAACAAGCUUUGAAGAGUGCUGCGGAUGAAGCCUUACCAAAGGACAUGUCUGAGGAUUCAGCUACUCCUAAGGAUUGCAACAGUCUCAAAGCAAGACCAAGAUCCAGAUCUUACUCUAGCACCUCCAUAGAAGAGGCCACGAAAAGGGGCGAGGACCCUCCCACCCCGCCACCGCGGCCACAGAAAACUCAUUCCAGAGCCUCCUCCUUGGAUCUGAAUAAAGUCUUCCAGCCCAGUGUGCCAGCUUCUAAAUCAGGAUUGUUACCUCCACCACCUGCGCUCCCUCCGAGACCUUGUCCGUUGCAGUCUGAACAAACGUCUGAAGCCGAGUUACAUCCCCAGCUGAGCAGAGCCCCCUCCCAAGCUGCGGAAAGUAGUCCAACAAAGAAGGACAUACCGUAUUCUCAGCCCCCAUCAAAGCCCAUCCGUAGGAAAUUCCGACCUGAAAAUCAAGCUACAGAAAAUCAAGAGCCUUCUACCACUGCAGGCGGGCCAGCUUCUGUAGCAACUGUGAAACCCCAUCCAGCAGUCCAAAAACAGUCUUCCAAACAGAAGAAGGCUAUUCAAACUGCUAUCCGCAAAAAUAAAGAGGCAAAUGCAGUGCUGGCCCGGUUGAACAGUGAACUCCAGCAGCAGCUCAAGGAGGUUCAUCAGGAACGAAUUGCAUUGGAAAACCAAUUGGAACAACUUCGUCCAGUCACUGUAUUGUGACCCCCAAGAUUCAAGUAACAGUGGGUGACCUUUUCUGCCAAGAUUUUUCCUUUGAAUGUUUCAACACAACUGCCUGUCAUAGAUAUCUGAGACUGUGUCCAAAGCUCUGAGCAGCGGAAUAGAAUCCAUGUCACCUUUUCUCCUGUGCUUCACGUGUACGUUUUACUGUGGUGGAAAAAAUACAACUGAUUAUCACACUUGAAAUUGUAACUAUCAGUGGCAUUUAGCUCCCAUUCUUAAGUACUUCCUCAAGGUGUUAGAUGUUGCUCCUUACCAAAAACCAAUCUUCUAGCAAAUAAAAACAAUUUAGAGCAUUAUUUAUUUAAAGAAUUUAUGAUUUGUACAAAACCUUGUAAUCCAGUACCUUCAGGAUGCUUGUUUUAUUUUCCUAUGUGUAUCACAUACAGUACAUUGGUUUCCUGAAUAAUUGUGAUUCCAACUGGAUAGUCUUUGGCAUGAUGAUAAUAAAAACAAAAACUAGAAGAAAACAAAAGCAUUAGCUUUAGACUGGCGCUGUGCCCUCCACCACUAUAUGCCAAAAAUUGCUUCUCUAGUGCCAUCUUGAUAUUAUAUCUAGCUAUAAAUAAUACAUAACUAUUGUUUUCUAUUGAAUGGCAAAGACUUAUUCCGUCUUUACACCUCUGUAAAGUAGUAGUUUUGUCCGUGAUCUAUUUAACUUGGCCCAGCUAGGCUGUCAACCCAGAUGACUCAGCCCUUUCAUGUAGAUUUCUUGGGCAAGAGCAAUCUGCCCUAACCACCUUGCCCAAUCAAAUUAAAUAAAUAGUUGCCAGAUCUCUACUUUUAUCCUGCAUGCG